AUGGCUGAGCUUCAACAAAUCCACCACAACUUGUCGGUGAAGACAGACCUUGUCAAUUCUUUGAAAUCGCUAGGUGACUUGCUUCGUGAAGAGCAAUGGAGAUCAAACGAAGCGUGUCGUCCCUCGAUUACACAGACAUUGGAGCUUGUGAAGCUCAGUAACGAAGCAGCGUCCGAGGGACUCAGAGUAUUGGUCAACUACACUGCAGACAAUGACGAGAAUCGAAGAUUCAUGACAAGUGAAAGCGAACAAACCAAGGCGUUCUGGGAUUGGGCCGUGGACCUGUUGGGCAAAGAUCCUGUGGUGAGCCAGCGGGUGGUGAUACUCAUGAGCCAAUUCAUCCACAACGUCAGCGAAGAAGAUUCUACAAAGUUUACGGCAUUUUUGGGGCAGUUUACAAAACAGCUCGUCAAUUUUCUUGCUCAGAACGAGGUUGAAGAGGUUGCUGGUGUCGUUGAGAUUCUAGCGGAACUUCACGAAAGGGCCUUGGGUGGAAUUUCCAUGGAGGAGGCAAGCGGCCUCAAAAAGUCAGUUGUCGGUACUUUCAAUACCGGCGACGAGGAGCUUAUGCUCUAUUCAGCACAGCUUUUCCACAAGCUCACGGCAAUUGACCAGUUUGCCUCGCUCUUCCAAGACCCCCACAGUACUUUACAUUUUCUAGAGAAAGUGCCUGAGGGUGAAGAGUCACUACGAACAAAAAGAACGCUUUUCGCGGCUCACGGCAACAUCUUCUCUCUGCCUGGCUAUGAUAAUUGGAACAACGUGGAAAAAAGCAUCCGUUUGUGUGUGGAUUCCCAAGCAGAUCUCUACGCUGUUGCAGCCGCCGCCAUAGACGUCGGUAAUUGCGUGAGGAGUGAAAAGGAUCAGCAGAAAAUCACCAAACUUAUAGAGGAUACGGUGACGCUCGAAACGUUCAUAGGUCUGCUCGUUCAGCGUCCGUUUGGCGACGUGGUCCAGCUCCAAUGUGUCCACUGCUUCACCAACCUCAUGCUGCAGCGCACAAGCAGCCUACUUGCAGCCAACUCCACGGCGUUGGCCCGUCUCAACAAAAUUGUGCUCGACAAUGGCCAAUUCUACCCCGAGAUCGCAAAUCUCCUCUUCAAGUUCAUGAAGAAACUCAUCCGAGUCGCUUUUGUAGAAGCUGGCGGGGACUUGCUUGGGUGCAAACAAGUGUGGGAACUCUAUGCGGAAACCAACGCCGAGGGCCACCAAGAGGUGGUGUUCGCUUUGCUCCAAGCGCCAGAAGCAAAACACCUAUUAAUAGAAGAGGACGUUGGAUGUGAGCUUCUUGCCGCCCUCUUUUCCGUCAACCAGCUGCAAGUGCAAGCCCAUGUUUUGCUCGAGCAGCUCAAAGCCCAGGCGGUAUUCUUCGCCAGCGCCGCGGCAUUUGUAGCGGCCUCUAUAGACAGACCCCAGGUGGAUAGCGCGAUCGUCGAACCUUUUGCCAAAUUCAUGGAGUCGGUAAGUGGGGCCAUUGGGCAACAGGAGCCCCCAGAAUCUGGAGGCAACAUUGUGGCCAACAACUCCAAGUUCGUUGCGGCAAGCGCCCUUAACUUUUUCGAGGAAUUGCUGCCUCUGAUUGCCUGUUCCGCUGCCAUAGAAACCUGUGAGCAGUUCCUCAGGUCGCACUGA